GGUACAGUGUUUACGGAAGUCUGGUGGGGUUGUUUGCGCGUGUCGUAUUUACUGUGUCUAUCUCUUGUAUAUUUUCUAUAUAUUUAAAAAAUCCUGAGCUCUGUUCGUUCGUUCCCCUAUUUCCCUCCCGGUUUUAAUCAUCUGCUAAUUAUUUUAGAAAUUGGAUAUCCACACAUAAAUGUAAUUAUACUGAUAAACAUUCAAAAUAUAAAAUCGGCAAAAUGGUUUGAAUUUAUGGUUCAAAGUAGUAGGCGGGGGGUCCACUGUAUUUAAUAAUAAAGGUUGGGAAACUAGCUUGUUUACACACAAAACCUUUUUUUAUUAUUAUUAACUUCGACAUUUAUUUGCCACAGGAAAUAUGGCUCAACUGCCAGGAGAUGUCGACUGCUGGGAUGAAAUGCUUGUCCUAAUGGGGUCAAAUUGUAAAGAUAUCCAUGGAUGAACAAAAGGCACGAGUCGUACCACUAAUGUUGUUGGAACAGCAGUUUGAGUAGUGACAAGUACAACACUGACUCCUGCUCCAUCAUCACCAUUGGAUGCCAACAUGGUGGAGGAGAAAACAUCCCCUCAGACCACCUUUUUCAUUCACAAAGCGCCAACUGAGGACAGUCUGCUGUGGGCCGUGGAGGUCUGCUGUCUGGAGAUACGUAGUCCCCCAUUGUGGUCUUCACUGCGUCACAUAUUGAGGAAAAAGUCCUGGUGGAGGUCCUGAGGUGCGAUGACAGCUGUGAGUUGGGUGGCCCCCCGUUUGCAGCUGCAGUCGGAAGAUGCGUGGAGCCGAAAUGAGUGCGUGCGCUCUCCUCUGUUGCUGGCUGAUGUCUGGUGUGAGAGGAGGAACAUCCCGGGAUCAUAAAGGAAACCCAGGCGGAACGGUGAAGUCAUCCAUUCGGGUUGGGGGAAGCGAGUGUGUGUGCGUUUAUGUGUGUUUGGCUUGUGGUGAUGUAACAGUGCCCUCAAUCGGCAAAACAAUGGAACUGCAGGAGGAAAGGGACGAUUUUUUUUUGAAAAUCUUCUGCUGAGGCUUUGCUGUGUCAAAACAAAUCAAGAAAAUGAAUGGAUGGGUAAAAUUAUGUUUUUAGUGAGGGGAUUUUAUUCUUUACAAAUACAUACAGUAAUGACAUUUCAAUACAAAGGACAAGGACAGUCUGCGUAUUCUUUAUAUUUAUUGAAAUGCUUUGGAAAAAAAAAAAAACACAACAAGAUUUAACUGUCAAUAUGCGCAUCAAGUGAGAGGUGCCCCCCCAAAUCUCCUCCCUUCGGGGGCACGUUAGCAUGGCAUCUUGGAAUCACUAAGAUACUCAGAGAUGCAUUAACCAACAUCACAGCCCUCAAUUUUUCAGUCCAAGGCCUAUGGCUAGUACUUGAUGUAUUCCUUAGGGAGGACACACAAUCCCCCCCCCCCCCCCCCCCCCACUUGGACAGCAAUCUCCAGCCUGCAGCUGCCAAACGACCAGCAGAACACUUGGCUCAUGCUGGGUUCAAACAAGGGACAGGUGUGAUGUCAUCACUAUGAGACAGAAGUAAAGAGUGCUUGUUGGCCAUCCUUCAUUCCACAGGCCUCCAUGCUCUACCUCAGAUUUUUUUUUUUUUAAAUCCUUAUUGGACUCAGUCUGUGAUUUACUUCCCAGCUCUCUACUUCCACUUUGGCAAGCAGCACACGUAAUGAUCCAACUCACUCAAUCAGCAGUGCGUGUGUGUGUCUCUCUCUCGAAUCAUUACCUCCAAUUACAAAUGAAUCACCAACAUGCUGAGUCACUAGCCUGCUCUUCCCUUCCUCCCCAAAAGCCCCUAUUGAUGCUAUUGAGGCGGAAGCACACACAUGCACACACGCGCUAACACACACACACACACACAUACAAAAAGUCUCUGGACUAAAAGCUGGGGGGGGGGGGGGGGGGGACAGCAAUUACAAGCCAAGAAAGAGAACCGGGAUUGAUCCACCGUUAUAGAGAUUUAUAUUGCGAGAGAAAGUGGUGCAGUAGAUUUAUCAUGUGUAAAUAACUAGCUAUUUGAUUGAUUGAUUGAUUGAUUGAGUGAGUGAUUUGUUGAUUGGUUAGAAAAAUCUUUAUUAUUGUGUUUGAAGUGAGGCACGCAAUCCUACUGUGACUUCUUCCAAAUAGGUUGGCGCGUUGAACAUAUUCUUUGACUACUUUUGUCCAAAUUGAGCAAUUUAACUCACUUCAAUGUGGUUCCUUGGCACCAAGGCUUCACAAGAUGGUGGAGAAUCACUAAUUUAUUCCAAGUAAAGCUCGAAACGCAUUUCAGCAUAGUGCCAAAAUAAAAACAAUGUAUCAAAGAUUUUCACGCUUAGUAAGUCAGUGAACAACUUUGACUAUGAGCGGGAACAAAUAUUCUCGCAGUGGCCACCAUUGCAGUCUAAAAAUCGACAUUUACAUUCGGAAGUCACUUAGAUCAUUCUUGCAAAAUUCUUAAAAGGUGAAGACCAGUGCAAAGGUCUAGCAGAAGGCCAAAGCCGUUUUGAUGUCUUGCGUUUAAAGUAGGUCACUGACUGGCCUCAUCUCACGCUUCAAUGUACGCCCUAAGCACAUGGCUGACACUGGCAAUUGGCAUUAGACUGGCAGGCAUGCCUUGGUGGCUCGCUCUCUCGCUUUCUUUCUUUCGCUCUCUCUCUCUCUCAUUCCCGAGAUGCAUGUGGCACUUCUGUCAAAGCGACUGCUGAUGCUGUCAAACAUUCGCCCCUGCGCUGUCGCACACACACAAGUGAUGGUGAAUUUUAUGGAGGUCUUUUUUAGUGAAAAAGGUUUGUGGUACAUGCAUACAAAUCACUUUACACAAGUACACAACUUGGACUUGCACGCAUGCAAAUUACUGUAGACACCGCCACACACCUUUUUGACCUCCAUACCAGGGGUCACCAACUCCGGCCCUCAAGGGCACCAAUCCAGCCUCUUUUAGGUGCAAAUGAUCAGCUCAUUAGCAAGCUCUGUAAGACUGAUAACGCCACCGCCAUCUUGGAUGUGGCAGGUAAGGCUGCCCCUUACGUAAGUGCUCUACUUGGAUUAUUGAGUUCCUACUAAAAAAAACUAUGCAACGAGUGCAAAACCAAAAUAUCUUACUGGCAGUGAUAUGCAGUACAAUUACAUAUUACGUGUUGUUCCUGAUUAUUUACUAACCGUACACACUUUCCCCCUUAGGAAAUAAAGUAGGUAGGAAUUGAUCAAUUCGGAUUAGCACACUCGUCAGUAACUAAAACUAAAAGUAAUUGCGCCUCAUGAGCAAGUAUGCAAUGUUUGAACUUUUUCUUUUUUAGAAUAAAUAUUCUGCAGAUUGAUAAAGGCACACAUUUGUGCACUGAAUGCAAAUUUAGAAUACAUGUUGAGUUUUGUUAUCCUUUCACAAGCGGGUCUGACCAUCAUAACAUCCUAAUAACAUAAACAUAUCAUCCUUUUUGCAAAUGUAAUUUGUGGGAGAUUAAACAAAAUAAAUCCUAAAUGCAUUACGGGACCGUGUGGCACAUCCAAUAUGGCGGACGAGCUGACGGUCUACAGAGCAGAGGCGCUCGAUGAGUCUAUAUAUUGUAUUGUCGACAGAGGGCGCUGUGGUGCACAUUCCCCUUCCAUGUGACACUCAUCUGUCACAGUGGUUGUCCAAAGGAACCGUGGCUUCCAAGCUUCUGCAAAGUUACCAUUUGAUACCAUGUCGCUGUACCGAAAUGCCAUCUGGUUUUUAAACGGAAUGCACCAUUAUACAAGGAAGGGAUAUGAAGCAGCUUCUCAAAACUUUGAACCCCAGGACCUGGAUGUGUCGGUCGUGGGGAGGUCUUUUAUGGUCACUGGAGCCAAUAGUGGGAUUGGGAAAGCCACUGCCAUGGCUAUAGCCAAGAAAGGUGGGAGAGUGCACAUGGUCUGCAGGAACAAAGAUAAAGCAGAGGAAGCCAAGGUUGAUAUUAUUAAUGAAUCUGGGAAUACUGAGGUGUACGUCCAUAUCGUGGACUUGUCCGAAUCACGCAAAGUGUGGGAAUUUGCAGAAGCCUUCAAGAAGCAGUAUCCAUCUUUACAUGUCUUGAUAAACAAUGCAGGCUGCAUGAUACACAAGAGGGAGGUGAACGCCGAAGCCCUGGAGAAGAACUUUGCAAUCAAUACGAUGGCAAUGUAUCUUCUCACGGAAAGUCUCGUACCACUUCUACAAAACAACCGGCAUCCCAGGGUGAUCACUGUGUCAUCAGGGGGGAUGCUGGUCCAGAAGCUCCAGACUGAUGACUUGCAGUCAGAGAAAGGAUACUUUGAUGGUCUCAUGGUCUACGCCCAGAACAAGAGACAGCAGGUGGUGCUGACGGAACAGUGGGCCAGAGAGUACCCGGAUAUUCACUUCUCUGUGAUGCACCCUGGCUGGGUCGAUACACCAGCAGUGUCCACGGCGAUGCCUCAGUUCCACAGUAUGAUGGGCCAGAGACUGCGCAGUCCAGAGCAAGGAGCCGACACUGCGGUAUGGUUGGCCCUGUCCAAAGCUGCUGGCGAAACCCCCAGCGGGCAGUUUUUUCAAGAUCGGAAGGCCGUCCCAACCCACCUGCCUCUUGCUUGGACUCGCAGUUCCACAGUGGAGGUUCUGACUUUCAUCUCUCAGCUGGAGAUGCUGGCCAAAGCUGUGCAGUCAAAGCCUUUUGGAGUGCUUAGUGAUCCACUGGGGCCCCAGCGUAUCCCAAGUGUCGUAAAUGUUGAUUAUUAAAAAUAAUUAAAUCAAGUCAUGGAGAAUGAGA